GAGAAAAUGAUGACAUUUGUGAAGAACGAGCUGAAGAUGUUCAAGAGGAUUCUUAGUCUAGAACUCCCAGAAGGCUUUGAGAGUCAGAAGCAGGAUGAGGAAGUGGUGCAUGCUGAAGAUGAGAAGCAGGAGAGCAGUGCCAGAGAGGGGGCUCUGAAGAUCACACUGCACGUCCUGAGGAAAAUGAACCAGAAGGAGCUUGCUGACACACUGGAGAAAUAUGAGCUUGCUGUGAUUUGCCAACGUGAACUCAAAUCUAAUCUAAAGAAGAAGUUUCAAUGUGUAUUUGAGGGGAUCGCUAAACAAGGAAACCCAACACUUCUCAAUAAGAUCUACACAGAGCUCUACAUCACAGAGGGUGGAAGAGGAGAGGUCAAUAAUGAACAUGAGCUGAGACAGAUUGAGACAACAACCAGGCAACAAGCAAGACCAGAGACUGUAAUCAAAUGUAACGACAUCUUCAAACCCUUAACUGGACAAGACAAACGUAUCAGAACUGUGCUGACAAAGGGAGUCGCUGGCAUUGGAAAAACAGUCUCUGUGCAGAAGUUCAUUCUGGACUGGGCUGAAGGAAAAGCAAAUCAGGAUGUUCAAUUUGUGUUUUCAUUCCCUUUCCGGGAGCUGAAUUUGAUGAAAGGGGACAAAAACACUUUGAUUGAACUUCUUAAUCACUUCUCAAUGGAAACCAAACAAUCAAGAAUCUCUAACUACGACAAGUACAAAGUUCUGUUCAUCUUUGAUGGUCUGGAUGAGUGCCGACUGCCCCUGGACUUCCAGAAGAACAAGAUCUGUUGUGACGUCACAGAGUCAACCUCAGUGGAUGUUCUGCUGACAAAUCUCAUCGAGGGAAAUCUGCUUCCCUCUGCUCUCCUCUGGAUAACUACCCGACCUGCAGCAGCCAAUAAGAUCCCUUCAGGGUGUGUUGACCAGGUGACAGAGGUACGAGGGUUCAAUGACCAACAGAAGGAGGAGUACUUCAGGAAGAGAUUCAGUGAUGAGGACCUGGCCAGCAGAAUCAUCUCACACAUAAAGACAUCAAGGAGCCUCCACAUCAUGUGCCACAUUCCAGUCUUCUGUUGGAUUUCUGCAACAGUCCUCGAACACAUGCUGAAACAUAAGACAGAAGAGAUGCCCAAGACUCUGACUGAGAUGUACACACACCUUGUGGUGUUUCAUACCAAACAGAAGAAUGAAAAGUAUCUUGGGAAAGAAGAGACAGGUCCACACUGGAAUAAAGAGAGCAUUCUGUCACUGGGAAAACUGGCUUUUCAACAGCUAGAGAAGGGCAAUCUGAUUUUCUAUGAAGAAGACCUGAAAGAGGCUGGCAUUGAUGUCAAUGAAGCCUCUGUGUACUCAGGAUUGUGCACACAGCUCUUUAAAGAGGAAUGUGGGCUGUACCAGGACAAAGUGUACUGCUUCGUUCAUCUGAGCAUUCAGGAGUUUCUGGCUGCUGUAUAUGUGUUCCUCUCAUUCAUCAACAACAAUGAGAAUCUCAUGGACAAACAGCAAACAAAUUCCAGUAUAUUUUCUCUGCUGUACAGAGACAAGCCUGAAGUUACUGUCUACAAGAGUGCUGUGGAUAAAGCCUUACAAAGUGAGAUGGGAAACCUCGACCUGUUCCUCCGCUUCCUUCUGGGCCUCUCACUGGAGUCCAAUCAGAAGCACUUACGAGGUCUACUGACAAAGACAAGAAGCAGCUCAAAGACCCAUGAAAAAACAGUCAAUUACAUCAAGAAGAAGAUCAGGGAGAAUCCCUCUCCAGAGAGGAGCAUCAAUCUGUUCCACUGUCUGAAUGAACUGAAUGACCAUUCUCUAGUGGAGGAAAUCCAAAGCUACCUGAGAUCAGGAAGUGUCUCAGAACCCAACCUGUCACCUGCACAGUGGUCAGCUCUGGUCUUUGUGUUGCUGACUUCAGAAAAGGAGCUGGAUGAGUUUGACCUGAAGAAAUUCUCCAGAUCAGAGGAAAGUCUUCUGAGGCUGCUGCCAGUGGUCAAAGCCUCCAGAGCUGCUCUGCUGUCAGGCUGUGGAGUCACAAAGAAAGGCUGUGCUUCUCUGGUCUCAGCUCUGAAGUCAAACCCCUCACACCUGAGAGAGCUGGACCUGAGUAACAAUGACCUGAAGGAUUCAGGAGUGAAGCUGCUCUCUGCUGGACUGGAGGAUCCACACUGUAAAGAUCUCACACUGGACCCAAACACAGUAAACAGACUCCUCUCUCUGUCUGAGGAGAACAGAAAGGUGACAUGUAGGACAGAGGAGCAGCCGUAUCCUGAUCACCCAGAGAGAUUUGAGGACUGGGGACAGGUGCUGUGUAGAGAGGGUCUGACUGGGCGCUGUUACUGGGAGGUAGAGUGGAGUGGGAGUUGGGCUGGUAUAGGAGUGACAUAUAAAGGAAUCAGCAGGAGAGGAAGGGGUGAGGACUGUUGGCUUGGAUGGAAUGACAAGUCCUGGAGUCUGUUCUGCGAUGACAACAGUUACAUUGCCAGGCAUAAUAAUAACUCCACUACCAUAGACGUCCCCUCCUCCAGCUCCCACAGAGUAGGAGUGUAUCUGGACUGGUCAGCCGGCACUCUGUCCUUCUAUAGAGCCUCCUCUGACACACUGACCCACCUGAUCACAUUCACCUCCACAUUCACUGAGCCCCUCUAUCCAGGGUUUUGGGUUUAUGAUGAAUCCUCAGUGUCCCUGAAAUAAUAACUGGACACUCACACGUGACAGGCUUGUAGACGUCACUCAAUCCACCCAAAACAACAUGCAGUCUUUCCACAAGACUCCCAUGAAGUUAUAGUGUGACGUUAUGAGUCGACGUUAAAGUAACAUUCUCACAACAUACUGCACUUGAUUUUAUCCUGUUUUAGAUGUAUCCUCUGUUUAAACAUUUAAACUCUUACAAUAACACCGUUAAAAUACCAAUGUGAUCAUUUCUUGUCUUUUAUGUUGGAAAAACAAAUUGUACAAUUAUAUGUGGACAUACGCUCCAUAGUUGUACAAGUAUACAUGGUUAUAUUGUACUUUUCAUAAUAAAACAUACUUGAAACAAGAAAAAGCAUGUUAAUUGUGGAAACAAUUUCAUUAUUGAUUUUACAUUGCUUCUCCCUGUCUCAUGUUGUAAUGGCUGUCGUGGUGAAUGGAUGACAAAACGCAGAUGGGAAUGCUCAUUCUUCUAUUUAAUUAGAAUAAAAUGAACACGGAAAACAAGAAA